AUGGGCAAGCAGCCACUGGCAGCCUUUUCUAGGGGUGUAGCCAAGCUGCUGAAUGUGGGCGUGAAGGAAGCCCUAAAGGAUGAGGAAUGGAACUGCCUCUUCCUCCACAAUGUUGACCUCAUUCCCAAGAAUGACCACAAUCUCUACAUCUGUGGCCCGUGGAGUCCCAAGCACGUCUCUGUCACCAUGAACAAAUUUGGCUACAACCUCCCAUAUUUGCAAUACUUUGGCGGUGUGUCGGCCCUUACCCCGGACCAGUACCUAAAGAUCAACGGCUUCCCCAAUGUGUACUGGGGCUGGGGAGGUGAGGACGACGACAUCGCCACUAGGGUGCGCCUGGUCGGCAUGAAGAUCUCAUGGCCUCCUGUCUCUGUCGGCCACUACAAGAUGGUGAAGCAUAAGGGAGAUAAAGGCAACGGGGAGAAUCCACACAGGUUUGACCUGCUGAUCAGUACGCAUCGGGGUGUAGCGUGGGGAGAGCCAGGGGGGCCAUAG